AUAUGGUUCGCAAACUCGAAUCGCCAGCCGGAUCGGCACGGAAGUUGCAAUGCCUCAACCAAACUCGACCUGUAUGCAUGCGGCCCCUAUAACUGCAAAUAGCAUCAUACAUUUCGUCUAGCGAUGCUUGCAGUCCGCACCAACGUUAACCCAGCAAAGUCCGCCAAGCGAUUCUCCCGAACCCUCGCACCUGCACCACGCGCGAUGGCUUGCUCUGAGGCCUGCACUGCCGCCGGCGCGCCGGUGGUGUCCGACUACGAGCCCAAGGGCACCUUCACGAAGGCUGGAAGCACCGACGUCUACCACAGCGGCUCCGGCGCCCUGGGCGUGGUUAUUGUCCCGGACAUCUUUGGCUUUGGCCACAAGCAGGUGUUCCAGGUGGCCGACCGCUUUGCCGAUGCCGGCUUCAACGUGUGUGCCAUCGACCCCUUCCACGGAAAGCCCUGGACUAAAGACAGGUUCCCGCCCAAGCCGGAGCACGACUUCAUGGGCUGGCUGAGUCGCGAGGCCAGCUGGGACAAGCUCAAGCCGCAGAUUGAUGCCGCGGUGGCCAAGCUGAAGGAGGGCGGCGCCUCCAAGUUCGGCUGCAUUGGCUUCUGCUGGGGCGUCAGCAUCGCCAUGCAGGCCGGGCAGGACGGCCACACCUUCAGCGGUGUGGGCGGCGCGCACCCGGCACUGUUUGGCCAUGACGCCGAUUUCGCCGAGAAGGUCCAGUGCCCCGUGGUGCUGCUGCCGGCACAGGGGGAUGCCGACACGGGGCCUGUCCAGAAGGUGCUGGACAAGCGGCCGUACGGCUCCAAGUGCGUGUACCAGCGCUUUGACGACCAGACCCACGGCUUCGUGGCGGCACGCGGCGACUGGACCAAGCCGGAGGUGGCGGCGGCCGCCGGCAAGGCCAUCGGCAUCAUGACGGACUUCCUUAAGCACGCCCUGGGCCAGCACUGAGCUCUGAGAUGUGCCUUUAGCUCUGACCACGGGGCUCUGACCACGGGACUCUUACCACCGGACUCUGACCUCUGAGGGCUCUGAUCUCUUGAGCUCGUAGCGAGCGGCCUGCCACGUGUCACGGCCUGUAGACACGCGGCCGUCUGGAUGACGGAAUGUCACCGCUUGCGGCCAUUUGGGAGCAGGCAUGUGGGCAGGCGGGAGUUUUCUGUCGGGGUGGGUACUGAGUUUAGGCGCCACAGCCACCGUGGGUUUGGCGCCUCGGGUGGUAGAAGAGAGGUGUGGGAUUCGUUGGUCGCUGAAAUGUGGCCUGUCGGUCGCAGAGGCCAGCGGCUGGUGUGGCAUUGCAGCCUCAAGCCCAUGAGGCCCUGCAGUAGUUGCUUCUUAUUGUUUCCGCUGUGUUGAAAAUUGUAAUGCUUCGUUGCGGAUGUGUCCAGCUGGCUUUUAAAGGAACCAAACCUGGUGAUAGAUAAGAUGAUACCGCACGACACCACGAGCGGGGCGGUUGACGGGCAUCGGGAGAGGCACGAGGGGCGAGACCCAGACCGCGUUGGUUGUUUGGCGCGUGAAGUGGGCGCGUGCACUGUGGCCUAGUUGCAACGAUGUCUGCAGCGUCGCGUCCUGUGUUGGGCUUAAAGAUUGGUCAACGGGCAUGAGCAGCAUGAGCAGGGUGGGCUGGGAACGGCUGCUAGUGCCAGGGGAGGGGCAACCAGCGGGCCGCCAGCGGGCGGUGCCUGCUGUGGAGGGUUGUGGUUGGUGCGGCACGGUGCGGCAGCCAUUCAACCCGUGUAAGGCUGCCUGGGGCUGGAUGCUCAGAACAUGUGGGAAUGGUGGAAAAAUGCUUCGCGCGGUGCCUGUCAAUCCCGUGUGCUGGCGCUGACGUGCCAGUUCCGUGAAGGGUGCCGUACGGCCUCAUCGCGGGGCCAUUCGGGCUGCGAGUAGAAGGCAU